AACACGCCUUCUCAGAGGUUGGAAAAUGCUAAAAAGUGGCGUCUCAACGCAGAAUGAGGAAAGGAAGCUCGUUCGCCCGACAGGCAUUGACAUUCUGGAAGCAAGAAUAAGAGGAUAUGGGCGGGGGGGAGGUUUAAAAAAAAGAAUAAGAGGAUGUAGCGGCGCCCGUGAGUGAGGCGGAGCAGGCGCGGCGUGGUCACCUCAAGCCGACAGAUAAGGAAGGACCAGCUGCGACACGAGGAAGAAGGCCCAUCGCCCGGGCACCGCUGGUUCUCUGGCCGCUACGCGCUUCUCACCCCUCUGGUGUAGGAACCGCGUUCUCAUGGCUGAGGUGAAGGUGAAGCUGCAGCCGCCCGACGCGGAUCCAGUAGAAAUAGAAAACAGGAUUAUAGAAUUAUGUCACCAGUUCCCUCAUGGAAUCACAGACCAAGUAAUUCAAAAUGAAAUGCCUCAUAUAGAAGCUCAGCAGCGGGCCUUGGCAAUCAAUAGACUGUUGUCUAUGGGUCAGUUGGAUCUCUUAAGGAGCAAUACAGGCCUUCUGUAUAGAAUAAAGGAUUCUCAGAAUGCUGGCCCUGUCUCAUUCUUUUUAAGCAAAAUGAAGGGAUCAGAUAACCAAGAAAAACUAGUAUAUCAGAUCAUAGAGGAUGCAGGAAAUAAAGGAAUAUGGAGCAGAGACAUCCGGUAUAAAAGUAAUUUGCCAUUAACAGAAAUUAACAAAAUUUUAAAGAAUUUGGAAAGUAAAAAGCUUAUCAAAGCUGUUAAGUCUGUAGCAGCCUCAAAGAAAAAGGUGUAUAUGCUCUAUAACCUGCAGCCUGACCGGUCUGUGACUGGUGGAGCCUGGUACAGUGACCAGGAUUUUGAAUCUGAAUUUGUAGAGGUGCUUAACCAACAGUGUUUUAAGUUCCUACAAACCAAGGCAGAAACAGCCCGAGAAAGCAAACAGAAUCCAAUGAUACAAAGAAAUAGUUCAUUUGCUUCAUCACACGAAGUAUGGAAAUAUAUCUGUGAAUUGGGGAUCAGUAAGGUAGAGUUGUCCAUGGAGGACAUUGAAACCAUCUUGAAUACACUCAUAUAUGAUGGGAAAGUGGAGAUGACUAUCAUCGCUGCAAAGGAAGGCACAGUUGGCAGUGUAGACGGACACAUGAAACUGUACAGAGCAGUCAAUCCAAUCAUCCCACCUACGGGCUUGGUCCGGACCCCCUGUGGACUCUGCCCGGUUUUUGACGACUGCCAUGAAGGUGGUGAGAUUUCACCAUCUAACUGUAUUUACAUGACAGAAUGGCUUGAAUUUUAAUAGAGAGCUAGAAGCUUUAUGACAUCUUUCAAAUGAAGUUACUUUGGGAGCAAGUAAUUUAACUCAUGUUGGAACAUCAAAUUCCUUGAAAGCAAACUUCACAAUAAUGGAUACAGACUUACUGCUAUGAAAAUAUAUUUUUUAAAUCUAUGAAGACUAAAUUUAUAUUGGUAGAGUAGCCACCAGAAUAUGAAGCAGGUAAGUGAAAUCCAUUCUUUAAUAAAACACUUUGAAGUUCUGGAGGACAACAUCUGAAGCUUUCAAGACUUCACUGUCCAAGAAAAAAGAAGCCAACAAAUGUGUAUUUACCAAUGGAUAAUGGCUAGAGCCUAAAAAUGCUUGUUUUGAAGCUAUUUAUUAAGGUCUUCAUUGGAAAUUGUUUAUAUCUGGUUCAGUAUCACCAUUUCUGUUUUCACAAUGGUUCCACUGAGAAGAAAUUAAAAUGGGAAAGGCAGGAAUA